AAAAAAAACCAAAAAUAUGACUCUAAAAUCGAAGUGGAGGGAGAGAAAAAGAAACAGGGAAAUGAGCACAAGAGAGAGGGAGAGAGAUCUAGGGCUCUUGAUCCCCGUCGCAGUCGCUACAGUUUCUGAAAAUGGAGCCUCCAAAUCUUCCUCCGUUCCGGCUGUCGCUUUAUCUAAUCAUCACUCCGGCGGAGAGGCCAUUGCUAAAGUCAUUCGCAGCUGGGCUUCCAAGAAGUUCAUGACAGGAUGUGUAAUUCUUAUGCCAAUUGCUAUUACAUUCUACAUCACGUGGGGCUUCAUUCGUUUUGUUGAUGGUUUCUUCUCUCCAAUAUAUGCUCACUUAGGGAUCAAUGUUUUUGAAAUUUCUGCAGGGCUUGGAUUUAUUACCUCCAUUACAUUCAUCUUUCUUGUUGGUAUUUUCAUGUCAUCUUGGCUGGGAGCUUCUGUUCUUACUCUUGGUGAAUGGUUCAUUAAGAAAAUGCCACUCGUAAGCUAUAUUUACACGGCCUCGAAGCAAAUUAGUACUGCAAUAUCACCAGAUCAAACCUCAAGUGCCUUCAAAGAAGUAGCAAUUAUCAGGCACCCCCGUGGUGGAGAGUAUGCCUUUGGAUUCAUCACUUCUGCCGUUGUUCUUCAGAGCAGAAUGGAAGAGGAAGAACUGUAUUGUGUUUAUGUGCCCACUAAUCAUCUCUAUCUUGGAGACAUAUUUCUUAUGAGUUCCACGGACAUCCUCAGGCCUAAUCUCUCUGUCCGAGAGGGAAUCGAAAUUGUGAUCUCUGGAGGGAUGUCAGUGCCUCAAUUACUGACUACAGUGGAUGCAAGAGCAAUUCCAACAGGUGGAAUCGAAAAACUUUGCAAAACCAAAAGUAUGGCAUGAUGAAAUCGCAGUAUUGGAUUUGGCGAUUCUGGUUGAGAGUGAAGGGGAGAAGAUAAGAGAACAUUGAGGACAAUGUGGCGAAAGCUGGGAAGUUCAUCAAUGGCGGAACUCGAAGCCUUUACUAUGCGAACCAGAUGAAGAGGAAGAACAAGAAGUGGGUAUAUUGGAUUUAGGCCGUCGUUUUUGUUAUAUUGCUUGUUUACAUUAUUUUGUCUUAAUUAAUGUACUAAGAUACUGCCUUUCAAUAGAACUAAUUAAUCUUCUUA